AUGCUGAAGAAGGAGGGGAAGGCCCAAUCUUACACUGAAACUCUGGAUGGAGGAUGGGGAUGGAUGAUUGUGCUUCAUUUUUUCCUGGUAAAUGUGUUUGUGAUGGGAAUGAUCAAGACUUUUGCAAUUUUCUUUGUGGUCUUUAAAGAAGAGUUUGAAGGCACCUCAGAACAAACUGGUUGGAUUGGAUCUAUCAUGUCAUCGCUUCGUUUUUCUGCAGGUCCCCUGGCUGCCAUUAUUUGUGACAUACUUGGAGAAAAAACUACCUCCAUUCUUGGGACUCUCCUUGUUACUGGUGGAUAUAUGAUCAGCAGCUGGGCUACAAGUAUCCCCUUUCUUUGUGUGACUAUGGGACUUUUACCUGGUGUGGGUUCUGCUUUCUUGUACCAAGUAGCUGCUGUGGUAACUACCAAAUACUUCAAAAGACGAUUAGCUCUUUCUAUAGCUAUUGCCCGUUCUGGAAUGGGACUGACGUUUCUGUUGGCACCUUUUACAAAAUUCCUGAUAGACCUAUACGACUGGACAGGUAUCAUUGAGGCAGUCAGUCAGAUUAUUUCUGGAUGGGUUGCUGAUAGAAACUGGAUCAAGAAGUAUCAUUACUACAAGUCUUACCUCAUUCUCUGUGGCAUCACUAACCUGCUUGCUCCAUUAGCCACCACAUUUCCACUACUUAUGACCUACACCAUCUUCUUUUCCAUUUUCGCUGGUGGUUACCUGGCACUGAUAAUUCCUGUAGUGGUUGACCUUUCUAAGAAUUCUGGAGUACACAGGUUUUUGGGCUUUGCUGGUUUCUUCGCUGGAAUGGCUGUCCUUUCUGGACCACCUGUAGCAGGCUUGUUAUAUGAUUAUACCCAGACAUAUACCGGCUCUUUCUACUUCUCUGGCACAUGCUAUCUCCUCUCCUCAGUUUCCUUUUUCUUUGUACCACUGGCUGAGAGAUGGAAAAACAAACAGUUCAAACAGAAAGAAAGAGGACUACAAUCAAGUGAGAACUUUAAAAAAGAAAACCUAAACUAA